AUGGAGGAAAAGGCAAUGAGCAAAAACAUGAAACUACUAGUACUCGUGAUCAACUGCUUGAUGCUGGGAAUAGGCAAUUGUAUUGCUCCUAUUACGAACCGCCUCUAUUCUGUCAAGGGUGGGAAGAGAAUCUGGUUAAUGUGUGCUUUAGAAACAGCUGGUUUCCCUUUUCUCUUCAUUCCAUAUUUAGUCUAUUACAUCUAUCGUCGAAGGAAGUAUGGUCCGGAGACUAAACUUCUGACAAUGUCGUCGUGGAAGAUUGCCUUUUACUGUGUGGUCAUUGGCAUUCUCACUGGCCUAGAUGAUUUAAUGGAUGCUGCUGGUGUUUCUAAACUUCCUGUCUCCACUUACUCUCUUGUAUUGGCCAGCCAGUUGGGGUUUACCGCCUUGUUUGCCCGAAUUCUAGUGAAGCAGAAGUUCACUUUCUUACACAUUAAUGCUAUUAUUCUGUUGACUGCUGGAGCUGCAGUUCUUGCAUUUAAUUCGGGUUCUGAUGUUCCGACAAAUGAAUCUAGAGGGACUUAUGUGAUUGGAUUCCUGAUGACCCUAGGAGUUGCAGUUUUGUAUGGAUUUGUCUUGCCAUCGGUUGAGCUCAUAUAUAAGAAAGCGAAACAGACCAUCACUUAUUCUUUAGUCAUCGAGAUGCAGAUCAUUAUAUCUCUUUCUGCUACAAUCCUCUGCGUCGUUGGGAUGGUAAUCAAUAAUGAUUUCCAGGCGAUCCCUAGAGAAGCUGCGAGUUUUGAGCUUGGACAAACGAUGUAUUAUUUAGUACUAGCAGCAGAUGCAUUUCUUUGGCAGCUGUUUUUCUUGGGAGCCAUUGGAGUGAUUUUCUGCAACAACUCAAUACUCUCUGGUAUACUAAUUUCGGCUCUGCUACCUGUUUCUGAGAUCCUGGCUGUAUUUAUGUUCGGUGAGAAAUUUACACCUGAAAAGGGAAUAUCUCUUUUUCUUGCUCUUUGGGGCUCUGUAUCCUACUUCUAUGAAGAGGCUAAACAAGACAAGGAAAAGAAACGCAUUGCAGAACACGAAGAAAAGGAACUGGAGCGUAUUGCACAAGAUGAAUAUCAGUUUACGGAUAUUACUCAGAUAGUAUUGCAGAAGUAAAACUAGCGAAAACAAUGUAGUCUUGUUAGUUUUUUAUUUUUCUAGUAGCUGUAGCUAAUUAUGAGUUAUGAAAAUUUCUGGAAUCUAUUGAAAUUAUGGUUCAUGAA